AUGACAAUUCCAUACGGUGUCAAUAUUGAUAUAAGAGAUGCUGUCAAGCACAAAGAAGUCAUGAAACAGUAUAAUCUUGGUCUCAAUGGAGGGAUUUUGACAUUGCUUAACUUGUUUGCAACUAAAUUCGAUGAGGUUGUAUCCGAGAAACGUGCUGAUCAGCUAGAUUAUGUACUUGUGGAUACUCCUGGUCAGAUUGAAAUAUUCACUUGGUCAGCUUCAGGAUGGAUUAUUACCGAAGCUUUUGCUUCCACUUUCCCCACUGUGAUUGCCUAUGUAGUUGAUACACCUCGUUCAUCAAGCCCAGUUACAUUCAUGACUUAUGUGACUUUUGUUGCCAAGUAUAUAAUUGGUCGUCCUAAGCCUCUCACUUGUCCUGGACGAAUUCUACAACAAUCUCACCCAGUCGUUGUAUCUGCAAUUACUGGAGCUGGUAUGGAUGCGUUCUUUAAGAUCAUAGAUGCAAGUGCUGAUGAGUACAUGGAGACCUACAAGAAUGAUCUUGACAAGAGACGGGAAGAGAAGCAAUGGUUGGAAGAGGAACACAGACACCGGAAUAUGGAUAAGCUAAGGAAGAACAUGGAAAAAUCUGGUGGAGAAUCUGGUUCUGAGUACUGGGUUGAAGGACGAACCAAGCACUAG